CUGGUGCUGGGGGCGUGGCUGAACAUGCUCGGAGCGCUGCUGCGUUUCAUCGCCACGCUGGAUUUGCCCGACUCUGACCUCGUCUUCCCGCUGGUGAUGCUGGGUCAGACUCUCGGCGCCCUCGCUCAGCCGCUCGUCAUCUUCGCGCCCACCAAGCUGGCGGCGYUGUGGUUCCCCGACCAUCAGCGGGCGACGGCGAACAUGUUGGCCUCCAUGUCCAACCCCGUGGGCGUCCUCCUCGCCAACCUCAUCUCGCCUGCAGUCGCCAAAACKUCGACCCAGAUCCCCGCCCUGAUGCAAGCCUACGCCGUCCCGUCGUUCUUCAUCUGCUUCAUCGCCUCUCUGGGGGUGCUGAGCAGCAGACCCCCAACCCCUCCGUCUGCCAGCGCCGAAACCUCCGGGUCAGAACCGUUCGUUCAGGGAAUCAAGCUGCUCCUGAGGAACAGAGCCUACCUGGUCCUGCUGCUGUGCUUCGGCUCGGGCAUCGCCGUCUUCACCUGCUUCACCUCGCUGCUGCAGCAGAUCCUGUGUGUGCAGGGAUACUCCACCGAAUUCGCCGGCUUCUGCGGCGCUCUCUUCAUCGGCGUUGGCGUUGUCGGCGCCGUGCCGUUCGGCCUCUACGUGGACAAAACCAGGAAGUUCAUGGAAGUGGCAAAGAUCAACAUGAGCGUCACGRCUCUGGCGUGCAUCUCCUUCUCGGUGGUGUGUCUGAUGCCGCAGCAGAAAGUCGCCGUCGCGGUCGUCUGCUGUCUGUUCGGAGGUUUUGGUUUCUCCGUCUACCCGGUGGUCAUGGAGCUGUCGGUGGAGUGCUCGUACCCGGUGGGAGAGGCCACGUCGGCCGGACUCGUCUUCGUGUCGGGGCAGGUGCAGUCRUUGGUUUACAUCCUGGUACUUCAGGCUUUAACCACUCCGCUCGCCGGCUCUCCUCUGAACACCUGCGGAGACGCCGCCUUCAGCUGGAAAGUGCCGAUGAUGGUGAUGGCAGGACUGAGCUGCUUCUUCACCUGCGUCUUCGUCAUCUUCUUCAACACUCGCUACAGACGCCUGGAGGCCGAGGAGCGAGCCACGUACCAGACCAACGGGACCGGUGGGACCUACGGGUCGAACGGGACCAGCAGCUCCAGUUCCACUGAGAAAACCUGACAUCAGUAAGUUAGGGACUCCUCACAGAUGAACUGAUUUUAGACAAAACUCUUUUAUAAUAAUGCUGUGAAAACUAUCUAAAAACUGCACUUAUUUUAAUAUUUAUAGUCAUCUCAGGUUUUUUAAAACUUUA